UACCACUGCGACGUUUGCGGCAAAGACAUCAGCGGGGCCUUCCGGAUAAAGUGCGCGGAAUGCUUCGACUUCGACUUGUGUCUCUCCUGCUUCUGCAGCGGCCGGAGCAGCAGCAGCAGCAGCAGCAGCGGCAAGCAGCAGCAGCACGAAAAUUCCCACGCCUACAUCCCCGUCGGCCGCAACACUUUCCCCCUCUUCAGCCUCGACUGGACUGCCGAAGAAGAGUUGCUGCUCAUCGAGGGCGUCGGCAAAUACGGAUUCGGAAACUGGGCAGAGGUGGCGGAGUUGAUAUCUCAGGUGUCUCUGGAGCCGAAGACAGCAGAGAGUUGCGAAAAACAUUAUUUUAAUUUUUAUUUAAAUUCUGCUGCUGCUCCUUUGCCAGACUUGUCGCAGCUAAUUAAAAGCAAGGAAGGCAAGGCCUUGUCUGCUGCAGAGGCCCUCGAGCGCCAGCACAGGGCCCGCAGCAGCAGCAGCAGUAGCAGCAGCAGCAGCAGCAACCUCCCCGACGCAGAAGCAGGUCAGUGUGCUGCUGGGGCUGCGACUCCUGCUGCGUUGCCGCGGCCAGCAGCAAAACCCUCGCACUCCAUUGUGGGCUAUUGGCCACUGCGCGGCGACUUCGACGUCGAGUUCGACAACGACGCCGAACUCAUCCUCGCAGACAUGGAGUUCAAAGGUCACGUAAAACGCAGCAGCUAG